GGACGCUUUUCGCCGAGUGAUCAACAGUUCUUAAGAAGACUUCGGAGAUCCAAGAAGAAAGAAGUAACUACAAGCUACAGGAAGCAAAAGAAAAAUUUCAACAGAGGAAAAAUAUGGCUCUCGUUUUCAGAUUUCCAGUUUAUCAUCCGUGCAAUUACUACAAAGGAGUGCCUGGAGGUUUCGACUUUUUCCACAAUCUGUGGAGAGAGAUCGCAUUGGCAUAUGAACAAGAAGUCGGCAACCCUUACUGCCGUAAAAGACAGCAACAGUCCCACAAGGGAGCAGUGAAGAUUGCUUCUGUCCCACUAAACCAGUACAAACCGGAAGACAUCACACUCGAAGUUGAUAGCGACAAGGUGACCUUACAUGGGCAGCAUCGCUCAGAGAGAGAAGAUGGAUUUGACACAAGCGAGUUCAAGAGAGUCUUUAAACUACCACAAGAUAUCGAUCCAACUACCGUGACGUCACGCACUACCCAAGAUGGCGGUGUCCUCGUCGUUGAGGGCUCAAAACGGGUGGAAGAGAAGGAGGAUGACGGGAAAUUUGAAAUUAAGUUGGAUGUCAGUGGCUUUAAGCCAGAGGAGAUCAAGGUACAGAUCCGCGGAAAUGAGUUAAGUGUCAGUGGGAAACACAAAUCGGAAGAUGGCGAGGUUUACCGGUCACGUGAUUAUAGCCGCCGCAUUGUGCUGCCCAAUGACGUAGUUCUUGGUUCGGUGUCGUCACGAUUGUCAAAGGAAAGCCUGCUGACGAUUGAAGCAUCACGUGACCCUGCUUUGUUGCCAAGCGAGAGAGCCGUAGACAUUACCAUGGAGACAGAUGAACCAGAGGAUGAACCAAAGCCCUCGACCAGCGGUGAAACAGCAGAAACUGAAGAGUAAUUCGAUCACUUAAGAACGAGAAGACCAAAAUGUACCAAUCGUGUUUGAUUAAUUUCAGUACAGUUAAUUAUUUCAUGUAAGGAAAACUAAGCCCUUGACCAGCACUGAAGUAGUAGAAACUUAAAAAGCGCUUAUUUGACGUAUGACAAAAGUAGCAAAGUAAUAGAGGAGAGGUGUGAAGACCUUUGUUCUGUUGAAUGAAAAAUAUAGUCAAAACUGACACAGUUAUGUUAUGAUUAAGUUUUUAAUUAAAAUGUUUAUGAUUAUAAUUGAAUUCAAACAAAAACUUUCAUAUUUAAACAUUAUUGUACUAUUUUUGUAACUUUCAUCGGGAGUAAUAUACUCUGAGCUACUUUUUUUUAGUUGAAAAGAUUUAAUUGUUAUCUUUUUUUAUCUUUUCAAUUACUAAUCUAUCUCUUUAUACAUGGUAUGAUAGUAGUAUUGUCGUUUAAAUUAAGGCUUAAACAAAUUGAAGUGAAUUAAUUUAACAAAUUUUUGACACCAUCAGCGUAAUUCUGUUUUUUGGGUUUAUUGCUACAAAACUUAAAAGGAAACCUUUCCUAGAUUUUGCAAAGUUGACAAAAAAAUAUAAAUCUAUAGUCUUAAGAUGUUUAUACGCCGCCAGGAUUGUUUCUCAAACUAGAAUAUAAUGAAACGGGGUGUGCGGUUGAAAUAGAUGAAGAAUUAUUUUCAAACGAAAUCGAAUGUAUCAGUUUUUGUUCAAAUACAAAUCGUUGUGUAAACAGGCUUUGUUUCUACCAAGAAACUCCAUUAGGAACGAGGUUAAACGUGAAAUCGCGAUUGAUUUUCAUCUAUUUCAAUGGUGUUUAGUCCAAAUAAAGCGAAACUUUUCACAAUAAAUUGUAUCACUUUGUGUGCCACUUACUUUGCAUGCAAUCAUAUCAGAAAGUCAAUUCAAUAUGAAAUUUAAUAAAGAGCGGAUUUCUUUGAA